CUUUGGGCAAACAACACGUUCAACAGUCGCAUACACAUGAUGUCCCGCGGUUGGCUAUUCCUUGGGGCACUUCUCUGCCUGGGUUGGUGCCAGGUGAGCCAGGCUGAGGUUGGUAAGCUGGUCUGCUUCUACGAUGCCAGAAGUUUUGUCAGAGAAGGUCCAGCCCAACUUUCACUGGCUGAACUGGAACCGGCUUUAAACUUCUGCAACUAUUUGAUCUACGGUUAUGCGGGCAUCGAUGCGGAGAGCUAUAAGAUCAAGAGUCUCAGUCCAGAAAUCACAUAUAAUCGUCAGCAUUAUAGCCACAUAACGGCACUGCGUCAAAAGUAUCCCCAUCUCCGUGUUCUUCUGUCCGUGGGCGGCGAUCAGGAUCUUAAUGCUGAGGGCGUGGCGGAUAGCAGUAAAUAUCUGAGUUUGUUGGAACAGCCAGAGAGUCGGAAUAGCUUCAAGGCGAGCGUUAGUGCCGAAUUGAUCAAAUAUGGUUUCGAUGGCUUGGACUUGGCCUGGCAAUUUCCCAAACUGCGGCCAAAACAGCAGCAGGGUGCACUGAAGCGUGCCUGGUCAUCGUUCAAAGGCUUCUUCAGCAGCUCCUCCAUAGACAGCAAGGCCGAGGAGCACAAGACGCAGUUUGCAACACUGGUCAGGGAACUGAGAGUGGAAUUGCAACGGAGUGGCAAGCAGCUGACUCUCAGCAUGUUGCCACAUGUGGAUGCACAGCUUUUCAUCGACAUUCCCAGUGUGAUGAGCUAUGUGGACUUUGUUAAUCUGGGCACGUAUGAUUUCCAGACACCUCAGCGGGAUCCCAAGCAGGCGGAUCUGCCCGCUCCACUCUAUGCCAUGUACGAUCGCGAUGCCACACACAAUGUGCAGCAUCAGGUGGAGUAUUGGUUGAACAACACGGCCAACGCUCAACAGCUGCACAUUGGUAUCACCAGCUAUGGACUUGCCUGGCAAAUGACUCGCAAUUCCGGCAUCACAGGCUUUCCACCCAUACCCGACACGGAGGGCGUUGCUCCGGCGGGAAGACAGUCGGGCAUGCCCGGUCUAUUGAGCUGGCCCGAGAUCUGUGAUCUUUUGCAACAACACCUCGGUCAAGGCAAGGAUACGGAUAACAAUCAUCUGCGCAAAGUGGGCGAUCCAACGAAACGUUAUGGCAUCUAUGCCUAUCGAGCUGCAGGCGAUAAUAAAGAGCCUGGUAUCUGGGUGGGAUAUGAGGAUCCCACAACUGCCGCCAUUAAGGCCAGCUUUGCCCAGUCUCAUGGCUUGGGUGGUGUGGCUUUCCAUGAUCUGUCUCUAGAUGAUUUUCGUGGGCAAUGCGCCGGCGAAAAGUAUCCAAUUCUGCGAAGCAUUAAAUACAAAUUGUAAACGUAAAUAUAUAUGGGAAUAAAAAUAAAUCGUUGAAUUUAAA